AUGUCGAAUCCACUUUUUGGCAUCGUCCCAGCCGGCCAACCACUGAUCACUGAACCUACAUCAACCCCCUCGCCAACUUCACUACUCUACGCUCUUCCAACCUCAAAGCCUUUCUCCCACAUUGUGGUAUUCAUGCUGCCAGGUGUCAGCAUUCCACCAAAUACUGCCGCAGCAAUCUACCUCGCCACAGCAUCUGAUGUCGCUGCUGCUGCUCAAUCAGGCAGUACGCCCAACUUUCGCUUCCUGGGCGGCAUUGGCCCAGGCAAAGAGAGCGCCAUGUUCAAAGUCAGUGGUGGAGGAGAAGCCAGCGACCUAGUUAUUGGAGUGUCUGUUGAGCCGGAAGAGUCUGUUGGUCAGCGUCUACAAGAACUCGCUGCCAGCAAACCCAGCAGUUCAACAGGUGGCCAGCCAAGUACGGUUAUUCUGGCGCAGCGAAUCAUUCAAAACGCUUUCAAUUUUCUAUCGAGCUUCAGCGGCGCAGCGGGACCAGGAGGUGUUGAGGUAGUGCCAUUGAAGGCUUUCGAGAACUGGUGGCAGAAGUUCGAGUCAAGAGUUCGGACAGAUCCUAGUUUCCUUGAGAAGCAGUCAGAUUAA